AUGGUCUUGAUACAUCUAAAUAAUCAAAUUCUUGAGAGAAUAAAUAAUUAUCAGGCACCCGAUAAAGUUACUAUAUCAAUCAACAAUAUUGAAAUUCAACUUACAAAAUCUUUUGCAGUUGCAAUUUCUAAAUUAUUCUAUUCACAGUAUCUUUUGGAUAACAAUAUUAAUAGAAUUGAUAUUCACACUGAUAUUAAAUCAAUCUAUACAUUCGAUGUCUUAAAAGAUAUCUUACAAUACAAUAAAUCAGAAAUUGAAUGUGAUGGAACAAUUCUGUAUGACCUCUUUCAUAUUGGAAUGGCACUUGAAUCAGAAGAACUGAUCAACUUUUAUAAACUCAAUCUUAUCGAUAAAGAAAAUUUAGAUAAAAAUAAUUGUAUUCAAUUACUUGAAUUUUAUUUUGAUAAUUCAGCAAAAGAUAAGAUAUCCGAAUGUGUUGAUUUCAUUUCAUCACACUUUUAUGAAAUUGAUACAGAUCAACUUAAAUCAAUUUCUCAAAAAAUAGGAUUAGAAAUUCUUCAAAGGAUAUUCAACAAUGAUAAGCUUGUUGUCGAAGAUGAAGAUUCUUUAGCACAUUUCAUUAUCUCCUUAGCAAAAGAAAGCGAAACUUAUUGUCCAUUAAUUGAAAAUAUUCAUUUCGAAUUAUGCAACGAAAGUGUUAUUAAAGAAAUUAAAAACUUCACUGAUGAAAAUAACUUUCAGAGCAUUGUUAACUCUCUCGCCGAUUCAUUGAUUAGAUCAAGAAAUUUAAAACCUAGAAUUUUAGGGAAAUACGAAACAGAUUACUUCAAGAGCGGAAAUGUUGAAAUGUCUGCUUCAUCAACAUAUAAUGGAACAGUUGAUGUCAUAAAUAAAUAUCAAGUCAAUACAUGUUUUUACACCGCUAAUGAUGUUAAUUCAUGGGUUCAAUGGAAAUUGAAACAAAAUUAUGCGAUCCGACCAACUGAAUAUAUUGUUAGAACAUGUCAAAAUUACUCGCAUUUUACUUUAAUGCUUAAAACAUGGAGAAUUGAAGGUACAACCAUCGAUGGAGAAACAAAAGUUAUUCAUGAAGUGACAAAUUCGUCAUUAAGGCCUGAUGAAAUUAGGAAAUAUUCUAUUAAAACAAAUGAUAAAUUUGUCUCAUUUAGACUCAUUCAAACUGAUACAAACCAGUCAACGAAAUACAAUGAUUAUCAUAAAUUGCUACUUGAUGUAUUUGAUUUUUCAGAAAAUGUAUAUGAAUUGAAAUUUAAUUAG